UGUGGUUCGUGAUAAGACUCCGACAAGCGUAGAAGUACGUAGAAGUUGAGCGUUAAAAAUGACCGUGAUUGUUGUUGAAAGUAAAGACGACGUUAUUUCUAAGCUUUGUGAAAUAAUUGAAACAACUGCAAUAGAAAGCAUUCAAAACAAAGGCUUGUUUCUGAUAGGAUUUUCCGGUGGUUCUCUUGCCACAUUUCUGAGUAAAGGACUGCCAAAAAUAAAGACUAAGGACUUCUCACAAUGGAGGAUAUUCUUUUGUGAUGAGAGACUGGUCCCAGUUAAUGAUGCUGAUUCUACUUAUGGACUUUACAAAAGAAGUCUCAUUGAUUCUGGUGCAGUUGCUUUGAAAGAGGAACAGUUCAUACAAAUAAAACAAGGAGUUUCAGCUGAAGACGCUGCUACCGAUUAUGCCUCCCAGAUUUCAAAGUUCUUCCCUGGAUCUUCCCUACCAACUUUUGAUAUGCUUCUGCUUGGCAUGGGACCUGAUGGACAUACUUGUUCCCUUUUUCCGGGACAUCCUCUCUUGAAUGAGACCAAGAGGUGGGUGGCCCCCAUAACUGAUUCUCCAAAACCACCCCCGAGUCGGGUGACGUUGACUUUUCCAGUUAUCAACAAUGCAAGAGUUUGCGUUUUUGCCACGGCAGGGAAAGAGAAAGCUGAUAUGUUGAAGAGAAUUUUAGUAGACCAGGAAAAGUUGCCGGCAGCUAGAGUACAACCCUCUACAGGAAAACUGUUGUGGAUAGUGGAUAGGGAAGCGGGAAUUCAUUUAAACAAACACUAAGGGAGAAUCAUCAUAACAUUUUAUUUUACACUUGAUGUUUUGGGAAAUAGGUACAUUCUGCAGUAUAAUAAAUACCAUAUUUUAUUAAAAUAUUAAGUACAUCGGGACCUUUUCUUUUUAUCUAUCUCGUAUUCUGGAAUAUAUACAUCUAAAUAUAAUAUGAUUUGGAAUUUUCUUAGGUAAAACAUUAACUAUUUUUUUCAAUAACUAGGAAAUUCGUGCAAUAACAAUACCAAUGUAGGAUAAAUAUAAAAUUAUGAUUCUCAAAUCUCACUUAUUUAAAAAGUCAAUUCACUUUUUGUAUACAUUGAAACAAGUUUGUGAUUGGUGGAUAAUUUUCUUUUUGUUUCUCCAUAUCUAGUAUCACAAGAUGAAGUUGUUUUUUUAUUUGAUUUUUUGCAUUUUUAAAGUUAUAUCAGAAAUGCUUUGAAAGCAACAUUUUUUCCAAGCAGAGUCUCAACAAAAUAUGCAAAUACAUUAAACAUGAGAUAUUUUAACGCUUAUUUUCUUGCCUUGAAUUUUCAAUGAAUCAGUGAGUAGUUUCUAAUGAUACCAACAAUCAGAAACUUCUUGAAAUUCACGGCCUCACUAUCGCAGUAAAAAAAGUUUAGAGUAAAUUGAUAAAAUUCAAAAGCCUAUCCUGUACAAAUAAAUAAAUUCAGCUAAAUGUCGGCUAGUCGCCAUAUGCGCGGAAAGAACCAGUCUGGUUGAUUCAAACCACAGGUUUUCAGAGUUGCCUCGGACUUUUAUUGAAUAGACGAAAAUUGAUCAUUGUAAUCUUAAAUUUAUGAUAUACAGGGUGGGCCACCAGUAACGCCUCGGUCUCCAGAAGGCUAACCACUUAUCUUCUUGGAAUUCUUCCUCUCUAGGAAGUUGCAUGUCAACAUAGGCUACCAUUUAAAAUUAUUUCGAAACAUACAGGGUGUCCCCAAAAACCAUAAAAUACU